AUGACUACCCUCGACAUCAAAGAGACGGACAUACCAAAUUUGGCAGGACAGACUGCAAUUGUCACUGGUGGUUCGUCUGGCAUCGGAUUGGCCACUGCAAAUAUCCUAGCAUCUCGAGGAGCUAGCGUAAUUCUUCUCGAUGUCUGCCAGCCCACAGAGACACUACAAUCCUCUGUACAAUUUCGUAAAUGCGAUAUCAGGCGCUGGGUUGAGCUUUCAGAUGCAUUCUCUCAGAUAGGACGAGUCCAGAUUGCCGUUGCGAAUGCAGGAGUAGACGAAGACGGAACAUAUCUGAACGAUUCGUACGAUGACGAUGGCGACCUUCUCGAACCAAAUUACGAUGUGGUCGAUGUAAAUCUUCGAGGCACUCUGAAUUUCGUAAAGCUUGCUCUGCACAGCAUGAGGAAACACAGCGUACAGGGAAGCAUUGUGCUGACAUCAAGUGCAACCGCUUAUUCCCCGGAACAGUCCCUCCCUGUGUACAGUGGGACAAAGGCAGCACUGAUCAAUUAUUUGCGGGCGAUGCGCUCAAAUUUGCGAGACACUGGUAUUACGAUCAAUGCUGUCGCGCCAGCCGCAACUAUCACCGGUCUGUUGCCGGCGAAGCUCGCUGCUCCGAUCAUGGCUGCUGGCUUACCAGUGAGCUCUGCGCAUUUCGUGGGGCUUGCAGUGGUGUAUUCCGCCGUUGCCAUGGAGGCCAAAAAGGUUCAAGCAUACGGAAAGGAUAAUGCCGAGUGGAGAGAAGCGAGUGGCCGUUGGAAUGGCAGAGUCAUUCUUACGUUGGGUGAGAGGUACGCCGAGUUAGAGGAACCUUUGGCGGAUUGUCGUAACAUAUGGAUGGGUAUCAAAAACUUGCGAGAGACCACAAUGCAGCAAGCUGCCACAGAUUUCAGAAGUAGUCUGUAGAAAAGAUC